AUGACUGCGGCGGCUGAAGUACAGGCUUUGUUGCGAUUCUUGACCAAAGAUGCCCGCAUUCCAUUGGCGGAAGCCAUGCCGAAGAUCCACGCUCUUCGAAAACAGCAGCUCAACACGCCCGAGAACAUCUCCAAGGCCGACGAGACUGACCUCCAAUCGAUCUUUGCUGACGAGAAGGUGCUGAAGCAGGUGAUCAACGCGGCCAAGCGUGUGUCUAAUCCCAAAAAACGAGCAGCGGCUCAGUCGAACUCUCCGUCCUCGAAGCGUGCGAGAGCAGACCAAGAUCCGCUUGAUGAUGAGGAUUCUCUUGCACUACCCCAGACAGAGAUAUCCAUUGCUGAGCUAGAGGAUAUCACGAUCGAGACGAACCGCGCACCACUUUUCCUGGCCUUUACCAUCGCCGUCCUUGCAUAUACACACCCCGAGCAGCCUCUUUCGAGUCGUUGGAGCUUGGCGCAGGCUGUGGUGAGCGCAGGUGCGCAGAGCAAAGCCAAAUAUCUCGGGUUAACAACUGGACCGACUGCGGAAGAAGAUGGCUGGGCCCAGGGCCAACCUAAAGUCAAGAUAAUGGGACGCGAGGUGGCUGUGAUGCGGAGACACGUGGCGGUGCCCGAUCAAGAUGAGCUAUCGAUGCCCAGCAGUGCGUUCUGGGGACUUGACCUCGAGGCGCUUCGCAAGUCUAAUGGACCUUUGAUUGCUGGUAAGGACAUCAAGAGCUCUGCUGGGCCUCCUAUACACAAACCUCUUUCACCUCGAAACUACCUCCUCAAAUCCAUGAUGGUUGUCGAGUCCAGCACCGCAGAACCCGCAAAGGACCCCAACGAGAAGAAGCCAGCCCGAAAGAAGCAAACCCCAAGAGAUAUGGCAAGUAAGAGAGAGGAAGCUGCUGCUAUGACUAUCAAAGCGAUCGACACAGUUUGCAAGAGUUGGGCAUCCACUUUGAGCCCGCAAGAGCUUGACCAGAGAGCACAGGUCUGGUACACGCGUGUUCGACCGGAUGUUGAGCAGGGCCAGGCCGGCUGGGGUCAGCGGGGUCGAGUGCGCCUGGCCGACAUCCUCGCUCUGAGAAAGGGAUAG